GUGGUUUCCGAAAAGAGCACACCUUCCGAUGCAACUGAAGGUCAAAGUUCAUUAUACAAAAUGGCGUCGGCUGGUGCUGUUUUGAGAGGCUUGCAAUCAUCUGUUAGACCGAUAUGGCACCAGUACCAGAGCACCAGGGGGAUGGCUACUCUCAAGGAGUUGUCAAUUCGUAUCAAGUCUGUCACGAACAUUGAGAAGAUCACCAAGUCCAUGAAGAUGGUCUCGGCUGCCAAGUAUCAGAUGGCAGAGAGACAGUUGAAACCUGCAAGGGCGUAUGGAGAGGGGGCACAGGCUCUAUAUGACAAAGCGGAGGUAAUAGACGAGGAGAGGAAGCCCAAACACUUGAUUAUCGCAGUGACGUCUGAUCGUGGUUUAUGCGGAGGCAUUCACUCCAACGUGGCUCGUAACAUCCGUGCCACUUUGUUGGCCACUCAGGACCGCAGCAACACCAUGGUGGUGUGUGUGGGGGACAAAACACGUUCCAUCAUACAGCGAUUCUUUAGAGAGAACCUGCUCUUACACUUCACAGAUGUGGGGAAGAAGCCGCCAGUGUUUGAGGAAGCUAUGUUUGUAGCGCAGAACAUCUUGGACUCUGGAUUCGAGUAUGACAGUGCUGAGAUUGUCUACAACAGGUUUAAGAAUGUUAUCUCGUAUGACACUCUCAACAAGUUCUUGAUACCUUUCGACAAGCUGGCUCAGUCAGAGAAGAUGCUGGUGUAUGAUGACGUUGACGAGGAUGUGCUGCUCUGCUACCACGAGAUGACCCUGGCCAACCUCAUAUUCCACACCUUGAAAGAGGGAGCCUGCAGUGAGCAGAGCUCUAGGAUGACAGCCAUGGACGGAGCCAGCAAGAAUGCAGGUGACAUGAUCUCAAAGCUGACACUCACUUACAACAGGACCAGGCAGGCAGUCAUCACUAGGGAGCUCAUUGAGAUUAUCUCCGGGGCCGCAGCUGUUUAGAUUGAACUGUUAGAUACUGCUAGACCAUUCUAGUUAUUUAUGUGUAGGUGUAUACUGGUGUUUUUUUUUGCUGUCUGUGUAUUUAGUUGAUGUGUAAUUAAAUUUGGUUGUGUAAAA